AUGAAGCGCCAGAAAUCUAUAUUAUCGUUCCUUCAGAGACCGUCGACGAUGCCGGAAAAUGAGAAACCGGUAGGCUGUGGAGCUCCAAAAGGCCACUCCGUGGUGGUUUCUGAGGAGAAGCUACAACAUAGAAAUGUAGCCGCAUCUAAUCAGCCUGUUGUUCUCUCAUCUACGACGGUAGGAAUCUCUGACGAAGUGAGAGGAACCGACACUCCGCCAGAGAAAGAACAACGCCCAUUCUUUCAGUCGAAGUCGAUUGCCCGCGGUGACAACGGCGAACACAACAGGAGUGGACACUCUAUGUUUUCCAGUAUUAAGCACAAGUUCGUGAAGCCUAACAACGUUAAGAAGCCUUGUGACCGGAAUUUAUCAGGUGGCAGCCAUGAUAUUAUUUACCCAUUAUCUAAUAAAUAUAGUUACUCAAAUGGAAGAGACAAGGAGAGUUCGGUUUCUAGUUCUCCGGUAAUGAAAAGUGUUUUGGAUGUAGAAAAAACUGCUUUUCCAGGGGAUAAAAGACAUCCCUUGCUUGUAGAAUCUGAUGGGGAUAUAACAGGGCCAGAAACUCCUGGUACUCGAYCACUGGUUCCACGUUUGAAGCGAGUUCAAGAGGAUGGUUGUAACUUUGCCUCUACUACGACUACUACUACUACUACUCAAUCUUUUAUGGACAAUAGCAAAAGAGUGAAGUUUUCUCAUGAUUUACUGGCUGAAAAAAAGAAAGACGAAGUGGCAUCUGAAUCGGCUAGUAAAUUUGAUUGGMUUCAUCCUUCAYAAAUUAAAGAUGCUAAUGGAAGAAGGCCAGACAAUCCUCUUUAUGACAAGAGAACACUUUAUAUACCACCUGAUGUUUUGAGGAAUAUGUCAGCAUCUCAGAAACAGUAUUGGAGUGUUAAAAGUCAAUACAUGGAUGUCCUUAUUUUCUUUAAAGUGGGAAAAUUCUACGAGCUUUAUGAAUUAGAUGCUGAAAUUGGACAUAAAGAGCUUGACUGGAAAAUGACGAUGAGUGGUGUUGGGAAAUGCCGACAGGUUGGGAUCACCGAGAAUGCAAUUGAUGAUGCUAUUGAAAAGCUGCUGGCUCGUAGGUAUAAAGUUGGGCGAGUGGAGCAGUUGGAAACAGCAGCACAGGCAAAAUCGAGAGGCGCUACUUCUGUAAUUCAAAGAAAAUUAGUACAUGUGCUUACACCAUCAACCUUGAUGCAUGGUAACAUUGGGCCUCAAGCUGUUCAUCUUCUUGCUCUAAAGGAGGGUAUACGUGGUACUGAUGAUGGUUCAAUUGCAUAUGGAUUUGCCUUUGUUGAUUGUGCCGCGUUACAGUUUUGGGUUGGAUCCAUCAGUGAUGAUGCUUCCUAUGCAGCUUUAGGGGCUUUAUUGAUGCAGGUGUCACCUUCAGAAGUUAUUUUUGAAAGUCAAGGGUUGUCUAAAGAAGCUCAGAAAGCCCUUAACAAGUAUUCAUUGAUGGGUUCUGUUGCCUCACAAAUGACUCCAGCACAGUCGGCGACCGAUUUUGUUGAUUCCUCUGAAGUUCGACAUGUUAUCCAAAUGAAAGGUUACUUUAAAGGUUCCUCUAAUGCAUGGGAUUGUGCACUCGAUGGAGUGGUUCACCAGGAUGCUGCGUUAUGUGCUCUUGGUGGACUUACCAGUCAUUUAUCCAGGUUAAAGUUAGAUGAUGCAUUACGGAAUGGAAGUAUUCGACCGUAUGAAGUCUACAAAGGAUGUCUUAGAAUGGAUGGACAAACAAUGGCCAAUCUUGAAAUAUUCAACAAUAAUGUAGAUGGUGGAACAUCAGGAACUCUGUACAAAUAUCUUGAUAACUGCAUAACAUCAUCUGGUAAGCGGCUCUUAAGGAAGUGGCUAUGUCAUCCACUGAAAGAUGCUGAGGAAAUCAAUCAUAGGCUUAAUGUGGUUGAAGAACUGAUGGCACAUGCAGAGAUUAUGGCACUAAUUACUCAAUAUCUUCGAAAACUUCCAGACUUAGAGAGGUUUCUUGGACAAAUUAGAGCUACUUUUAAGUCAUCUGCUUUAAUUCUAUUGCCCUUGAUUGGCAGCAAAAUAUUGAAGCAACGAGUGAAAGUGUUUGGAUCUCUUGUUAAAGGUCUACGUGCUGGAAUGGAUUUAUUAAUGCUCUUACAAAAGGAUAAUCCCGUCUUCUCAUUGUUAUUGAAAAUAUUUACUAUUCCGAUGCUAAGUGGGAGUGAUGGCCUUGAUAAAUUUCUUAAUCAAUUCGAAGCAGCUAUAGACAGUGAUUUCCCAAAUUAUCAGGCACCUGAGCUUAAGGAUUCGGAUGCUGAAAUACUAUCAAUUCUGAUCGAGUUAUUCAUGGAGAAGGCUAAUGAGUGGUUUCAGGUCAUCCUGGCUUUAAACUGUAUAGACGUGCUUAGAUCUUUUGCUGUCACUGCAAAUUUCUCUAGCAUGGCCAUGUCUAGGCCCUUUAUCGUUCCUAGGUCAGACUCAUCGGGUUUUAACCAAGGGUCCAAGGGACCCACACUUCAUAUAAGAGGAUUAUGUCAUCCAUAUGCGCUUGGAGAGAGUGGAGGAAUGCCUGUUCCCAAUGACUUGUGUCUUGGAGAUGGUGAAUGUGGAUACAAUCCUCGCACUUUGCUGUUGACUGGACCAAAUAUGGGCGGAAAGUCUACCCUUCUUCGUGCUACCUGUUUAGCUGUUAUACUUGCUCAGCUGGGUUGUUAUGUUCCUUGUGAAAUGUGCGCUCUCUCGCCCGUGGAUAUUAUUUUUACACGCCUUGGUGCAACUGAUCGUAUAAUGUCCGGUGAAAGUACCUUUCUCGUCGAAUGCACAGAAACAGCAUCGGUUUUGCAAAAUGCAUCUCAAGAUUCCCUCGUCAUACUUGACGAAUUGGGCCGAGGAACCAGCACUUUCGAUGGAUAUGCUAUUGCUUAUGCUGUGUUCCGUCAUCUUGUCGAGAAGGUCAAUUGCCGGUUAUUAUUCGCGACCCAUUACCAUCCGCUCACAAAGGAGUUUGCAGCACACCCUCAUGUCACCUUACAACACAUGGCCUGCACCUUCGAACCCGUGUCCGAUAACUCAUCGUCAACCACCCAGAAGUUGGUGUUUCUCUACCGUCUAACCACCGGUGCCUGCCCCGAGAGCUACGGAAUGCAAGUGGCUUUAAUGGCUGGUAUCCCAAAACGGGUGGUGGAAGCCGCCUCGAAGGCAGCGGAGGUUAUGAAAACAAAGAUCGGAGUAAGUUUCCGGUCAAGCGAACGUCGGUCGGAGUUUUCGACGUUGCAUGAGGAGUGGUUAAGGACUGUUUUAACAGUGGCAAAAGUUGAAGAUGAUAAGGUUGAGGAAGAUGGUUAUGAAGAUGAUGUGUUUGAUACAUUGUUCUGUUUGUGGCAUGAGCUUAAAUGCUCAAAUCAAAAGGUGAGGUAAAUGAGGGUAAAAAUGGUAUUUUAAUUUGAAGUGUAGGGUUCUUUUUGGAAUUAUUUGAAGGAUCAAACUGAA